AAUAAAUUUUCCAAAUGUAAAGCUGUGAACUACCGUGCUCGUUAUUCUUUUCCUUUCUACGCUCCGCCGCCCCGUUAUUGCAUUCUCCGCCGGCGACGGCGGCCUCUUCAUCCGCCUCUCUUCGACCGACUUAGAGAUCGCCAUGGCCUCGGGAGACGGAGUCAGUGGCGACGAGUUGGCUGGCUCGCUCUUCGAAGGUAUGGUCCUCUUCUCCCCCUCCGAGCUCCUCCCUUCAUCCAUACCACCAGAAAAAGAACCGGCUGCACUAUCUCCAUCUCAGGCUCAGAUUCUUCCUCGCUCUCCUUCCCCGCCAACUGCACCCUCCACUUCGCCCCAUUCGAAACCUCGACCCCUCGACGAAGAUCUUUUCACCGAUCUCUCCAUCCAAACCCCCAUCGAGCCUAAAGAUUUCAGUAGCGUAAUCUGCUCUUCUGCCAAAAAACCUUCUUCUGUCGUGCCAUCUCGCCAAAUCGCGCGCAAGAAGAAGCUGGGCUUCCGCAUCGGUUACGGCCGCGAAGCAAUUGAUUCUGCGCCGGUGGUUUCCAUCGACGAUCCUACUCAUUCAAUUGAGGAUGUCACUGGCGCUUUUGGUUCCGACUCCACUUUAUCGACUGCGAGCUGUCAGGAUGAGUUGCCGGAUGGACCCGAACAUGAAGAUGCGGCUGUAUCGGAAAUGCUGCCAUCUGUAAAAUCUCCGAGUAAUGGAGAUGGGUUAUCACCUUCACAACGUGGUGGUUCUGAAGGCGACUCUGAGGCAUUGCCUUCAACCGCGGAGGCUUCCGAAAAGGACACCUGGGAAUUAAUAGAGGAUAAAUUGAAUCUUCUCAGAUCAAGUAUUUCCACAAAAGUUGAGGGAAUUCAAGAGAAGGCAACUUUGGCGUACUCUGAGAGGAAGGAACUUGAGAGGAGGCGAAGGAAGGCUGGACAGGACGUCAACCAGGCCUCAAUGAUGUAUAAAGACUUAGAGAAGCAGCUUGAGGAGGCCUGUGAGGCCGAGGAUUUUGAGAAGGCAGAGAGAGUCAGUGAAUCUCUUGCAGCAGCAGAGAAGGAGAAGGAUAGGCUGCUGAACACGUUGAGAGAGACGGAACUGGACUGUGAUUAUGCUGAUUCAAGGAUGCAGGAAGCUCUUAAUUUGCAGAUAGCUGCUGAGGAAGAUGGAAUAGAACUUCUUCAGCAAUUUGCCAAGGAUGCUGCUGAUCGAGCAGAUCUAAUUCAUAGAAAAGCCAAGAAACUUUCUUCCAAAGAUUUAGAGGAUUGGCAAACAUCAAUGGAACUGUUAGAGAUGAGCAUGCUUGAGAUGGAUAUUGAAGCAAAACUCAUAUCAGAUGCACGCUCAACAUUGGAUAGUUACAUUGAUGACCUGGUUAGAGACAAUAGAGAGGAGGUUGCGGGGCUUCUGAAGAAACGAGUUUCUCUAGCGAAGGAGUUGGAGAAGCUUCUGAAUUUAGUUAGAUUGAAGGAAUCAGAGAUUGCUGAGAAUGAAUCUCAGAUCCAUGAGCAGAGAGAAAUUUUUCAAGUUGUAUCAGAGUUUCAAGAGAAAAGUUCUAGUGUUGACAUUAAGCAUGAUAAUUUUAAGUCUGCUAUGUCUCGUAUCGACGCAGAGCGAGAGGUCUUAUCAUCAAAAAGAAAUGAAAUUGAUAAAUUUAUCAAUUUAGAAAAGCAGAAGUGUUUUAAUCUCCAAAAACAUGGCAAUGCUGCUUUGGAAGAAGCCAAAAUAUAUCAGGAUUUGGUUGGAUUAAGAAAAGAAUUAGCUUCAUCCUUCAUAAAGUCCAGAGAAGACAAAUUGCAGUUGGUGAGUACAGAAGAGAGAAUUCUAGAGGAAAGCCAGCUGCUCCGACAACAUAUAUCCAGUGCAAGAACUAAACUACAGGAACUUUCUUCCACCAGAGUAAGUAUCCAGCAAGACAUUGAUUUAUUUAAGCAGCGAAUAGCUUUUGUUGAUAAAAGAGGUCCCGAACUUGAAGCUGAGAAGAAAGUUGCUGCUGCUGCAAGAAAUUUCAAGGAAGCUGGGCGGAUAGCUGCUGAAGCGAAGGCACUGAACUCUGAUAAGGAAAUCAUGCAGAAUAAAAUGGACAAUGCUGUUCUAAAUCUUGAAAAGUUAGAUGAAGAAAUUAAAAACAAUAUUAACACGAUGCAGGAAAAUGAAGAGCUUGUAUUAUUAAAGGAAAAGGAAGCAGCUGUUGCAAGUUAUAAGAGACACGAGCUGAUUGAUGCUGCUGCAAGGUCUGAAAGAUCAGCACCUCUUGAAUUGGUUGACUCAGAAGAGGCUGAAUUUUUAUUGAAAGAAGCUGAAGCUGCAGAAGAAAGAGCAACGGAACUCGAAGGGUCAUAUAGCCUUAAUUUGGAGGAGCAGGGGAGCUCCAGCAAAUACUUUUCCCCUGUAGCACUCAUCACUAAGUUUUCUGGACAAAACUUGGCAGAAAUGGCCGCUUCUUUGAAAAAGCUUGUGGCGGAUGAGCGAUGAAUGUACAAGUCUAGAAGAAAGUUCUUGCAUUUUGCUUAAGGUAAAUCUAGGGUGCAGCCAAAUGAUAAUCGUCUUUGCAAAAUUAUACUAUAGAAUUACAUCUCCAAGCUUAAAUCUUCUUUUUGUUUUAUGCAUCCUUGUUUUGUUUUUCUUUUUUUCCACAUUCUUUUGCGAUUUUGGCUCUGAAAUUUUAUUUGUAGAUGUGUACAAGUCUCUUAAUAAUAAACAUUGUUAGGAUCUAAUUUGUGGAGUUGUUGGUGUGAUACCUGAGAUUUUGAGAUGAAUUCUAUUCUU